GAAGCCUUCAAGGUCGCUCCUGACAAUCGUCUUUCCCUCUCCUCCAUCGAAUAGUUCCUAGCUGCCAAACAACCAGACGUUUGACGAAAGCUCACCCACACCUCCCAAAAUGUCGACCCCUGAAGUCGCUAUCAUCGGCGCCGGCCUCGCCGGCCUCACUUUGGCCCUGGCGCUGCAUAAACAAGGCAUCAAUGCCACGAUAUACGAGUCCAGAUCAGCGCCUCUCAACAUCGGUGGCGCAGUCAUGCUUUCACCCAACGCCCUGAAAGUCUUGGAUGCCUUGGACUUGUACCAGGACGUCCGUGGACGAGGCUACAACUUUGACCUCCUCAAGGUUGUCAAAGUCGACGGUGAACUCAUCGAGACCUACGAGUUUGGUGGCAAGGAGAAAUAUGGCUACCAGGCAAACCGAUGCUACCGCUACGAGCUCAUCGAUGUCAUCUUGUCCAAGAUCAAGUCGCUGGGUAUACCGGUAGUGUUCGGUCGAAAGUACGCUCGCGUCGUCGAGGAGACCGAGGAUCACGUCGUGUGGGAAUCGACCGAUGGCAAACAAUCCACCGCGUCCUUCCUCGUGGGAGCAGACGGGAUUCACUCAACUGUCCGAAAAUAUCUCUACCCAGAUGUGGAGCCAAAGUUCAUCGGGAUGGCAGGCAUCACCUCUGCUGUCCCGGCGGGCCAAGUCACCUACCCCUACGGCAAGAUUGACCAGCCUCUUACCAUCACCGCUGAGGGCAAAGGUGCGUUCGUCAUCGCGCCUCAGAAACCCGACGCGUCGGAAAUGUUUUUCGGAAAACAGAAGCGAAUUGACGAGCUGGACCGAGAAGGGUGGGACAAGUUCCUUGCAGACAAAGAAGGCCUGGUCAAGUUCCUGCAAGAAGACGCCGAAGCCUUUGGUGAGGUCGCGGUCACUGCCACCUCCAAGAUUCCGCAUGACAAAAUCAACGUCUGGCCCUUCUAUGUCAUCCCGCACUUGGACAGGUGGGCUUCGCAGAAGCGCCGGGUCGUAAUCCUAGGAGACGCCGCCCAUGCCAUCCCACCCAGUGCCGGGCAAGGCAUCAACCAGGCAUUCGAGGACGUGUACAUGUUCUCACUUCUCCUGGCCGCAGCGAAGACGGGCGGUGUCAAUUUCGAGGAUGCGUUGACAUUCUGGCAGGGUUUCCGUCAAGACCGGGUCAACAAGAUCUUGGAGCUGAAUAAGCAGAUCGACCUGAGGAGGAUGCCCAAGGGCACGCGCCCUGCUGGUCUAGCGGAUGAGGUAGUGCAGAAGGAAUUUGACUUGCAGUGGCUCUACGAGCCCGACUUCAAGGCGGAAGUGGAAAACUGGAUCCGAAGUACCAAGUCUUAGAGAUGGCGGGGAGCAGCCGCUGCGAAAUACCUAGACAAGUUCAGUGGAGUUCGGAUGCAAAAGACCAUGAAGG